GAUAUGUCAGACGUCAAUAUCAGCAGUCUACACUGUCAUUCAUUGUAAUGAAAAAAAAUAACAAUAACAAAAUAUAUUUUUUUAUUCACGGUUAUACUUAACUCGCGUGUGUGAAAUUAUUAACAUUUUAAUGUGUGAGAAACAUUAUGGAAACUUAAUAUUAUUAAAAGAAUAUUGUUAUUAAUUCAUAAUGAAAUGCUAUGUUCCAGGAUCCAAUGUAAAAGUUUUAGGGAGGACUGUACAUGCUUUGGCGCGAUUUGGAGAUGAAUUGUAUCUAGAGUCUUUACCGGAAUGUAUGCUUUUAAGAACUCUGAAUGCUGCUGAAUCAGCCUAUGCAAUGGUUAAAUUCAAUAAGAACUUCUUUUCAUAUUUCAAUUAUAAUUACUACUCAACCGAGGAUAAUGAAGGGUUAAAAUGCAAAAUCUCUAUGAAGUCUGCACUUAACACAUUUAAAUCACCAACUCAUAUGGAUAAACAAGUGGAAAAUUUGGAAAUAAAACUUGACCCAGAAGCAUGCAAGUUGAUCUUUCAAUUGAAAUGUAAACAUGGAAUAGUAAAAACCCACUAUGUCUCUAUACUGGACUGUAAGGCUAUGCAGGCAGUUUACACUAAAGAUUCAGUUCCUAACAGGAUAACAUCAUCACAAAGGUUACUGUCAGAAGCACUGACUAAUUUUCAAAGUUCAGAUGAUCAAGUUACAUUAGAGGCAUCAACACAAUCAUUUAUACUUCGAAACUACACUGAAUGUAGUGCAGAUUCACUGAAAGUCAUCAGGACUCAAAUUAAUUUGAAGCCCCUAGAAUUUACCAGUUACACAAUAGGAACUGAAACCACUAUAACUUUCACAUUAAAAGAAUUUAGAGCACUUUUAUCCUUUGCUGAAGCUUUGAGCUUGCCUAUACAAUUACAUUUUGAGACAACGGGCCGGCCAGCAGUAUUUAUUGUACACAAUGGGUCGACAUUUGAAGCACAUUUUGUCUUGGCGACGUCAAAAGCUGAUAAUGCGACACAAGCAACUGCCACGCAAAACACUACUAUAGAUAGGAAAAGAAAAGAAUCCAGUUUUCAAGAUUCAGCUAGGAAAAAAGUUCACAUAGACAAUGAUAUAUCAAAAUGUUUAGAUGAAGAUUCUCAUUUAUUCAACUUUAUUGAUAUACCAGAUGAAAUACCCCCUCCAAGUGCCUUAUUCAAUGGUGAUGGUGCAAUAAAUGGAGUAAACGAAGAAACAAAUAAUGUAAAUAGUAGCAAGAUAAAUAAUGAUAUUGACUCUGAUCACAUUCCUGCAUCACCUACUGCAAAAGCAAUGAUAAAAUCAGUAUUUAGAAGAUGCUUUGAAAGCACUUUUGAUCCAAGGGCCAUAAGAGGUGUGAUUUUAGCAGAGGACUCUGAUAGUGAAUAAUUAAAUUUUGUAACUAUAUUUAUUUAAUUCUAAUAUAAUUAUUGUUGAUGUGUUCAAAAUAAAUGUCAUGAAUUUUCCAUGAUUUUAGUUCAUAAAGUAGAUAAAUAAUUUAUCUAUAAAUGAUAUUGAUACUUGUCAUGAACUCGUUAUUUUUAAAUUAAAUACCUUUUUUACUAAAAUAUCAAUGCAAAAAAUGCAAUACCUAACUACAACAUAAUAGUUUGUUUUUUAAAUAAAUCGGGUAUAAAAAACAGGUAUAGUAUUCUUGGAUACAGGAUCCAAUCCAAGACAUAUGAACAAUUAAAUAUUUCUUAUAAGGUAUUUACUUAUAUUUGGACUGCAUAUUGGUUAAGUGUAUGGGACAAUCUUUAAUCCUCUAUCAAUUACAGAAAACUAGACAACGGGUCAUUAUAUAUUUAUUUUUACAUUUAGUAAACAAUCUUGGCACUAAUAUACCGAAAUUAUUCAUGCAGGUCCGUUAUAGAAUUUUAUACGUCCAUUUUAAUGUUAGGAUAAAUAUGAGUAGUGACAACCAGCAGAGACUAUAAAGUCAGGUAUAAAUUAACGAAUUACUUAUACAAGUAGUGAGAACAGAUCCACAAGUAGCACAAUAUUGGUUGAGUCGGCAAAUCUUUCAAAUAUAUAGACAGACAAAAUUGUUAAACAUC